AUGCCCUUCAACCCAUUCUGGAAGCCACAGGCGUCACGCCCUCCACCCCAAAAACCCUCCCCCUCCCCCCUCUCCCCCAUAUUCCCUUCCCUGCAGCUUCCUCCCCCUUGCCCACGCGCCGUCUCCCAACCCCCCUUCCCGCUUUCCCAACCCGCCCGCCCUGUCCCCUCCCUGUUCCCCCCACCGCCAUCUCUCUCCACGUCCUUUUGGCAGUCAAACCUCAUUCCACUGUUCACACGUCUAGACAUGGUAUCAGUCGCUAGGUUAGGUCCGUACCUACAGUACCGUUCUUACCCCUGCUUCCCCACGCGCCGCGCCUACCCUCGCACGCUACCCUGCCCGUGCACCGGCCCGCGCACCGCGCCUGCCUGUAUGCUGCCCCGCGCGCCGCGCUUGCCUCCGCGCGCUGUCCCGCCCGUGCGCUGUCCCGCCCGUGCGCUGCCAGCGUACCGGGCCUGCCCGCACGCGCAGUCCUGCCCGUGCGUUGCCCUGCACACCGUGCCUGCCCGCACGCGCUUGCCGGUUCAAUACUCUGCCCCGCGCUGUGCCUGCCCGCGCGCGCUGCCUUACUUGCACGCGCUGCCCUGCUGCGCAUGCCCGCACACUAUCACGCGCGCCCCGCCUGCCCGUGCGUGCUGCCGCGCCGCGCCUUCCAGUGCGCUAUCCCGCGCGCCGUGCCUGCCCGCGCACGCUGCCCUAUCGCCACUGCCCCUGCACGACGUGCGUGCCUGCACGCGCUACCCUGCUGCGCCUGCCCGCACGCUGCCCCACGCGCAGCGCCUGCUUGCGCGUGCUGCCGCGCCACGCUUGCCCAUGCGCUGCCUCGUGCGCAGCGCCGGCCUGUGCGCCGCGCCUCCUGCCCGUGGGCGCUGCUGCCCUGCUGCCACUACCCUGCGCGCCUCCUGCCCGCGCGCGCUCCCUUGCCGCGCUUGCCCAAGCGCUACCCCGCGCACUGCGCCUGCCCGCGCGAGUCGCCUUGUUGCCACUGACCAGUGCGCCGCACCUGCCCGCGCACAGCUGCCCCGUGCACGGGCUGCCCCGCCGUGCGCGCGAACGCGCACUGCCCUGCCCUGA